GCUGCUAGUCCCGCCUGGGUGCGCAGAGGCUCAAGCCGCGACCACGAGGCAGCACAAGCACACGCGCGGUCAUCAUCACAACAAGCACCAGCAUCAGCCUCCGGGCCUGCCCCUCCUACCUCCACCUCCUCCUCCUCUGCUGCUGCCAACGCUGCUCCGUCCUCCGCCUCCUCCUCUGCCUUCUCCUCCUCUUUUACAACGGCAGCCGCCCCCACUGCCCCUCCUAUACCUGCAGAGCAGCGAAUGGAUACCGCGAGUUUCCUAGAUGUGGCCAGUCAAUCUGAUGCGAGCGGCUUACCCCGAGUCGCUUCCUCAGAUCCCCCUGCUGUUAAUACUACUGCCGCUGCUGCUGUUCCUGCUCCUGCUGCGCCGGCUGACCUUCCUGUUGCUGCUGGCAG